UCUAACAGAAGAGUCGAAUCCAGUUAAUGGAUAAAUGGAAUGCGAAGAACUUAUUCGAUGCUCAUCAUCAUCAUCAAACCAUUUUACUCCAACAGAAAUAAUUGCACUUCAGAGAUUCCUUUGUACACUCAAUUCUAGUGAACUUUCUCAACUUCUUCGAGUGUUCAAAUUAAGAUGUUUAAUAAGUGAAGAGCUAUAUGUGUACCUCCAUAAAUUGUAUCCAUGGAGAGGCGAAACCAAGAGCAAAGUGUUCAAUUUACUCACCUCCUACUUGUCACGAAGAUGUGUGUUAGGUUUACGAUAUGUUAUAUUCGUUUUACACGGAUUUGGAUGUGUGAACCAUGCGCAGCAGUUAUAUAAUACAUACCAAAGUCUGAUAGAAUCGUUUACUGGAAACCCACUAGUUGUUAGCAAAAUAAAUACUUCAAACAGAAAGAAAAUUCAAGUGUACUUUGAAUCAAUGAAGAUAAAUAUUCAGAAUAUGGUAUUUCAUGAUCCCAUAGAUUACUUCACAGAUCUCUCAAAGAAAAUAAGGCAAAAAAUUUACUCUCCUAUUCCUUGUUCAGGAGAAAGAAACCUUCAAGAAGUAUGCGAUAAAUAUGUUGUCUUGUUAGCUCUAACGGUUGACUCCCAGGCCAACAAGACAAAUUCAAUUGAUCCCGACCAUCAACUUUUUAAGGAUAUGGAAGCCAUCAUAUCUAUGACAUCAUGUCCGGACCUAUCCCGGUGUAUGUUGUACGGAAGAAGAGCUGUUGUUUUGUCGUUUGCCAACAGAAAGGAAGAGGGCGAUGACUUGGUGAAAGAAGGUCUGAUUUGCGCGGAUAGAGUUUCUAACUGUUUAGAAGUUGUCGACAUGCUUUAUAAGAUAGUCCUUUUCUUAAGAGCUUGGUUUGAACAUUACCGUCAAGCAAUGUUGGACUGUAUUUAUGAACAUACUCGAAAAGCACUACAAAUUCUGGAAAAUGAGCCGGAAGACGUCCAAGUCUUUUGGACCCGAAGGUUUAUGUUUAGAUUACUUAGCUGUUUCUUGGGAUUAGGGAUGCGUUGUCGCUUUAUUGAACACUUUAAUUGCCCCUCCUAUAUUUUACUAGAAGCAGAAAGACUGCUUGACAAAUAUGACUCAAUAGAUUCCGAAUAUCGUUUGCAAAUGUAUUUUUCUAUCGCUAAAUCUCGAUUAUGGCAUUUGAAAGGCGAUAAUGAUACAGCCUUGAAACAUUUGGUUAAAGCAAAGAAAAUUGCAGAAAAAGGCAAAUACAGUGAAUUAAGAACGAUUCGAGAGGCAGAACAAAUAUUGUUUUUGCCUGACGUACCAUCCUUGUUUAUUGAAACAGAAAACAACAAUGACAUGGAUGAUAUCAACAUAACGGAACCAAUCCAUCUUCCAUUUUCUUAUUAUCUUCCACAAUAUAUCAACCUGAACGAUCUCUGUGUUAGCUUGACAUCUCCAUCAAUAUCCCCUGUCCCUCUCCGAGAAAACAGUUCUCAAAACGAGGCUCUGAGAAAUACCUCCAAUACAUCAGUGAGAGAAGACACACAUUGUGAACAAAAUACUGACUCGACCGAAGAACCACCAAGAUCUCACGAUUUUUCAAGAGAAGUCAUUCAUAUCAAGUCAUCUAAAGUAAAUUCCUAAAAUCUGUAGGAAACCCUUAUAUGAAAUGUAAUGCAACACACACACGUAUAACUGUAAAGAAAUUGUCAAUACAAGUACGUCAUAUUUUCAUUUAUUUUCCAAUUUUUUCAUCCGUCAGCAGGGGAUGCUCACUCCUCCAUGGCACAUGAUUCCACCUCUAUGGAGGUUCGUGAA